AUGAAAAAUGAUGGUAAAUAUACUUCUGGUGACAUUGAAUAUGCCCAAAGUGAAGAUAUUGGUAUUAUGCGAUGGAAGGAUAGAGGAAGUAAACCAGUGACACUUGUUAGCAACAUGCAUAACUCUUCAGAUACAUCUACAGUACUGAGAAAAAAUGGUAAAGGGGAAAGGAUUCAAGUAAAGUGCCCUACUGGAAUAUCAGAUUAUAAUAAAUACAUGGGAGGAGUUGACAAAUUUGAUCAAUAUAUGUCUCCAUACUCAAUUUCUCAAAAGUCGAGGAAGUGGUGGAUUAAACUUUUUUAUUAUAUGGUUGAUACUGCUAUUGUUAAUUCUUAUAUUUUAUAUAAAGAAAGUUGCAACAAGAAUAAAAAAAAGUACAUUACACAUUUAGAGUUUCGAUCGAGAUUAACGGAUGAGCUUAUUGGGAAUUUCUCAUGCAGGAAAAAGAAUACAUCUUCCCCCCACGAACAAAGAUAUAAAAAAAAACAAAAACUUUCCAUCGCUCAUGAUUUUACAGCUGGAGUUAAUCAUAUGACAAAAUUCAUAGAUAAAUAUAGAAGAUGCAAAAUGUGUAGCACUAAAGCAAAAGAAAAAAGAUCCAAUAUGAUUUGUUCUACAUGCGACAUAACACUAUGCAAACAAUGUUUUGUACCAUAUCACAAACCUACCUAA